AUGGCCGUGCAAAGUGGGGGUGUUUUUCAAGCUGCCUCUCGUGGAGAUAACUACCCUGACAGUGACUUUCAAGACAACUUAAAGCGCCCUGCCACCCCCGCCACCCCCCCAUUUUGUGCGACGUGUUUCGAGAGUCUUGUAGGCUCCAUAGAAUCUGGAGCUGGAAUACCUGGAGCAGCAGGAUCUGUAAUACCUGGAACAGUAGAAUCUGGAACUGUAAUAGACAGUGGAAUGUCUGGAAUACCGGGUCAAGGAACUAGGUCACAUAAAGGUCCUACUACCUCACAGUCCUCUCCCUCACAGUCCUCUCCCACCACGCCUCCAAGAACCACAGAUACACUUUCAGUCCAAACACAAACAGGGACGGAUGUGAGAACUGCAUCAAACGACGGUAGCACGACUAGUUCAACUGCCGGAAUCUCUACCCAAGUCACUGCUCAGCCGAGCUCAUCAAUCGGCUCGUCAAGCUCCCCAUUUCAAGGACCGUCCGUCGUGUCCACGACAGUGACCGAGUCUUCAAUAACAACCCAGGUCGUCAACCAAACGAGCAGUGCCACAAGCAACCACAAAAGGAACAAAGUUCCGAUUAUUCUUGGGAGUGUGAUUGGUGCUGUCGCUCUUCUCUCCCUCUCGAUUGGGGCUUUGUUAUAUUGCCGUCGAUACUCGAGGAGGGCUAGGCGGCGUUCUUCUCGGUCUGAAGACCUUUCGCCGUUCACAGUGGCGCCCUCCGCUCAGGCCCAUUCGGCGAAUAAACUCGACGCUGAAAGGGAAAGGACACAAACAGUUGAUGUUGAUGAUGAUCACCACGAGAGGGAUAGGGACGAACUUGAAAAUGGCGGACAGGACAUUGGUCGGGAAUCGGUGAUAAGUAGCAGCGAUAUGCUAAGGAUGAGUACUUCCAAUCCCCCACCAUCGUACAGGUCAUGA